AUGGAAAUACUAGCACAAGCCCGAGCACAUCUGAAUCCUCCAUCGGAAAUCCUCGAUCAUCUCAUUGAGAUAUAUCGCAUCAAAAUUCAUCUCCAGCCACUCCAGCUAUUCAAGCUUCCUGAUCUAAAGAACUACCUAACUUCAUCACCUCAAUUUCUUCUUUCGAGCUUCGUGGCCCUUACUGUGCGAUACAGCACCCACGACUUCUACAAGGGCCAAAAGUCCAAGGCGGUUGAGUUUUACACAGACCUGGCACACCAAGCAGUAAUAAGCCUUGCUUCCCAGGGUAUCCCCAAGAUCGAGGUAGUUCAAGCCCUGUGUAUGCUCGUCCUCGUUGAUGUUGCAGCUUGUAAACCAGGUCGAGCAUGGAUGAGUAUCGGGACGCUCUCACGGCUUGAAGCUCUUCGCCAACUAUCACAGCCUGCUCUUGCCGCAUCUUCGCCUGACUACGAAGCAAGUUUGGGAUGCCACUGGACUGUGUUUCUUCUGGAGCAAACCUUCAUGCCACAGGAACGCACCACAGUUCAUGAUGUAGACGAACCCAUAUACCCAUCCAGUGUCCCCAGACCACCAUCCCUGCCACCCAUUAGCGAUGGUGAGUUUCCACCGGAUCUUUUCUCGGACGACGGUGCUGAAGACCUGGGCGUAACGGCAUACUACAUCAAGAUCAUUGGGGUCUGGGGCCAUCUUGCAUCAUACAUGCACCAGAUACGAAUUGGAAAGGCGGAUAAUGCGUGGUCUCCAGGAUCUAUGCAUUACGUCCUCUGCUCACGGAUCUACGAGUACGAUUCCAAGACUCCGCACAUCCAUCUUCUCAGAAACGUCCACUUCACCAAGCGUUCAUCUUCUGAGAUCGCGGAAACACGUGAAUACUGGAUUCCGUGGGUUCUUCAGCAAGUAACAUCCCACGCCAUCACCGCGAUUCUGAAUCACCCGUUCAUCCAUCUAGUCGCCAUGCGCGAUCGGUCUCGCGGUCUGCAAUCGCGACAAUUUCUACAGCAGACUGUAGACUUAGCUCUUUACCAUUCAGCCUGGGUGUUCAAAUUUCUCAAGUUCUGCGAUGAGCAGGAGUUCAAGAUUUAUGAUCCUCUUGUGGGUCAUUUAGUUGCGGUGGUGGCGACGAUACCCUGGCUUUUCCAGCGCGCGAUUGACCCCAAGGUUGCACACAAAGCUAAGACUGAUCUCGAGUGGUGUAAGGACUUCUUGGAGCGACUCUCUUCCACAUGGCCGCAUAUCGUACAAAAGCUCGAAAUUUUACGAAGUUUAGAUUCCAUCGCGGAAAAUAACCAACAAGCCUCGAAUUCAAGAGGGACACACAUUCUGUUUCAUCCUCCUCUGUUUUGGGCACUGGUAGAUCCAAAGAUUAGCCAGAUGGCACCUUCGAUAUCGCAUAGCCGAGGGUCGAAUAGUCUUCAGGACGCCACGAUACGGAUCUCGACGCAUUAUAUCCAGCCAUUGGUGGAAAGUCAAGUUGAGCAACCAGAUAAUGUCCUUGAAUCGAAUGAUCCUUUCUCAUGGGAUAUUGGGGUCCUUGAGCAGGUUAAUUUGGACAAUAUCUUUGCUAGCUGGAUGCCAGGUCUGGACGAACUAGAAUAG